ACACCUGGGAGACGUUCGGCUUUCCGUUUUCUUCUGCUGUAGUCUUGUCGUACAAUAAUGUUUUACCAUUAAUUUUCUAAUUCUUAUAUGAAUUAGAAACAUUUUCAUAUGAAUACGAAUUGGCCAUAAACUCUCGACACCCCAAAUCAAUCGGUGUUACUAAAGGAUCCGAAAACGACAAAAAGGCUUCACAGAUCGUUCGGACUCGAGAAGCCGGUUUCUGGGCGGCCCGGAAAAGGGAAGGGGGUGGGACAGCGUUGCGCUUUGUGGGGCUUCGCCGGAGCACGCAUGCGUAGUACAGGGUCUCAUUCAACAGCCGUUGCACGCUGGCCGGUUCAGCAUGGAGAGGAAAGUGCUUGCGAUCCAGGCACGAAAGAAAAGGACGAAGACGAAGAAAACCAGCAAGAAGCCAGAGCCCCAUUCUAGGGGCACCUCCCAGCAGGCAGAGUCCCCGCUCCAAGAGAAUGAUGAGGAGAUACUGGGGUCUGAUGACGAGGAACAAGAGGACCCCAAUGACUACUGCAAGGGGGGCUAUCACCACGUGAAGAUCGGCGACCUCUUUAAUGGACGCUACCAUGUGAUCCGCAAGUUGGGCUGGGGACACUUCUCCACUGUGUGGCUGGCCUGGGACAUCCAGGGGAAGCGGUUUGUUGCCAUGAAGGUGGUGAAGAGUGCAGAGCACUACACUGAGACGGCCCUGGAUGAGAUCAAGCUACUGCGAUCGGUUCGGAACACAGAUCCUACUGACCCCAACAAGGAGAUGGUGGUGCAGCUGCUAGAUGAUUUCAAAAUCUCUGGUGUGAACGGCACUCAUGUGUGUAUGGUGUUUGAGGUCCUGGGCCAUCAUCUGCUCAAGUGGAUAAUAAAAUCCAACUACCGGGGGCUCCCCCUGCCUUGUGUGAAGAGCAUUAUCCGUCAGGUGCUGCAAGGCCUCGACUACCUGCACUCAAAAUGUAAAAUAAUUCACACUGACAUCAAGCCAGAGAACAUCUUGCUGAGCGUGGAUGAGCUGUACGUUCGGAAGCUUGCAGCCGAGGCCACCGAAUGGCAACGGAAUGGAGCGCCCCCCCCCUCGGGAUCUGCCGUGAGCACAGCCCCGGCACCAAAACACGGCGCCAAGAUGUCCAAGAACAAGAAAAAGAAGUUGAAGAAGAAGCAGAGGCGGCACGCAGAACUGCUGGAGAAACGUAUCCUGGAGCUGGGGGACCUGGAGCGGGGACCUGAACUCGGCGAGGACGGCGAGGCGGACGAGGCGCUAACGCCCCCGAGGGCCCCCACUGCACCCCCCAAGUUGACGGCUCUGCAGGAUGUGGCCAGCAAUAGCACAGGAGGUGGCAGUAUGGAGCGACUCGGGCCAGAGAACAUCGUGGAUCUGAACUGUAACGGGCACGCUCAUCAAGUGGCUGAGGAAGACGAGGAGACCAGGAGGCUCCUUAUGAUAGAGGAGGAUCUUCGCAAUGCUAAUGGUGGCUUGGAAGGGGAGGAGCUACAACUUAACUCCGCCUACCAGGCUUGCAACAGUGCGUUGACCUAUGGCCCCGCCCACCCGGAUCUCAGCAGUGACGCUAAGCAAGCAGCAGGCGCCCUGCUGAUCAACCCUCUGGAACCCCUGAAUGCAGAGAAGAUCAAGGUCAAGAUUGCUGACCUCGGCAAUGCCUGCUGGGUGCACAAACACUUCACAGAUGACAUCCAGACGAGGCAGUACCGGGCCCUGGAGGUCCUGAUCGGGGCCGGCUAUGGCACGCCAGCUGACGUCUGGAGCACAGCUUGCAUGGCGUUCGAGCUGGCCACCGGAGACUACCUGUUCGAGCCACAUUCCGGAGAAGAUUAUUCCAGAGAUGAAGACCACAUCGCACUGAUCAUUGAGUUACUGGGGAAAAUUCCUCGCAAGCUAAUUUUGGCUGGCAGAUAUUCCAAAGAUAUCUUCACAAAGAAAGGGGACCUGAGGCACAUCACCAAACUGAAACCCUGGGGCCUCCUCGACGUCUUGGUGGACAAGUACGAGUGGCAGCACCAGGAGGCCCAGGCCUUUGUCGACUUUCUACUGCCCAUGCUGGACCUGGUGCCCGAGAAGAGGGCCACUGCCGCGGAAUGCCUCCGCCACUCCUGGAUCGCCACCUAGUGGUCAAAUCCGGAAACUACAUACUAAUGUGCGCAGUAGACUGGGCAGCACUGCACCCACUGAGGCCAGUUUUGGCAUGUUGUGUAAGGGGUGCCAGCAUGGCGUAAGGACACAGUCUAGUUUGGUCGACUCACAAUUUUUGUUUUUUUCUCUUUAAAUCCCCCUCCUCCAACACUAAAUAUUACAUUAACUGACUUCAUCCUAAGUCUCUCAUUGACAGUUUACUGCAUUUUAUCAACACCUCACUGGUUUGUCAAGGCAAGAAGAACCUGAUUUAUUUGAAGAUGUUAUUUAAACUAUUGGUAUAUACAGUAUUGGGGUGGUCGCUCCACUUUUAAAGGUAACGGACUCGUGUCACGGCUUGGUGACCCCCGGCUAUGGGACGCCCAGCCCCGUCCUGGGCACCGCUGUCACUCACUGUGUCACCGGCUCUCCCAUCAGCCUUCUUUGCUGCCUUCCGCUUACGACCUCUAAGCUUGAACUUUUAUCCUAAGUGAAGAUUCCUGCCGUGUUCUCGCAGGCACGUCAGCUGCCGACACGUGCCGAGGGCUCUGUGUGAGCUCGGUGUGAGCUGGUAUGCACACGUACCAAAGAGCUGGCCGUCUCUGUAUUACUGUGCGGGUUAUAAGUAAUACUGACGUUAUCUGAGGUCCAGCUGAAUACCAGCUGAAGUUGGGUUGUUAAGUUAAUGAAGGAAUUCCAGUAUGCCUUGGCAUGUGUCUGGUUUUAGAUGAAUUUCUCCUUGUGUUCUUAGCUUGACUGACUUUUAUUCGCUCCACGCUGUUUGCUGUGCUGGAGGCCCGGGCGGUUCCUCGUGGGGAACGUUCUCCUCGCCACCUCCUAGGGCAGCCUCUUCUCUCAGACUUGGGUUGUGCCCUUUCAGCUUUUUAUUCUCCUCCUCGGUUCUCGCUUAUCGUUUACCUUGGUGCAUUUUGGAUUGUUCACUGUUUCAGAAUUUAUAGAGGAUAUACUUUUCUGUCGAUACUAAAGAACAUUAAAGAUUUGAAGAAUGAAAUCUG